CUUUCGACGAUCGGAGUGCUCGGUUCUGCGGACGGAAGACUGCCGCUCGAAUCAAAUCGAAAUAAGACUCGCGAGUCACAAUUGCACCGUUCAAACGGCAAUUAAUCAAUGAAGAAAACGUAAUAAUUUGUAUACAAACACCUCUCUUUUGUGCGCAAAUCGAAAGCAGUGACAAUCAAUCGUAGGCAUUCGUGAAUAAAAGAAGUUUCUUCAAGCUGACACCGACACCGAGUGGCGUCCUCGAAAAAGCGACAGAAAAUACAGAAAACGAGUUAUGAAAAUACAAAUUGUGGCCGUGCCAUGUGAGAAUGUGUGUUGGAAAUUGUUAUAAAGAAACAAGAUUUGCUGUUCGUUGUUAUUGUUGCUAUUCUCCGAUCUGUGAUCGCUGAUCGACAAGCGUCAACUUAAAUUGGAUUUUCGGGGCUCGGGGCUCACCUUUAAAUAUAUCUGUAGGAAAACACGCAUCCCACACCGUAGCACCUGAAAGAUAGCGACAACAUUUGGCGCUACAUGAAAUAUUAAUUAAAAAAUCUGUCCGAAAAUAAAGUAGAAAUUACUUGCAGCGGCAAAAAGUUUCUAUGAGAACCGGCGCACGUAUUUAUAUGUACAUCUGAGUAUCCGUCAGAUACUUGCUGUAUCCGUGUGUGCCUGCAUCUCCAGGUGUUCGUGCGCCAGUGUGAGUGUUUGAUGUAAGCAGACGUGCAAUUGGAUUAACUUUGACAGACGCACGGCGUUUUUUAAUUACCACCAAAGAGUUUUCGGGAUUAACGGCGGAAAGUUGGACCAGCUCCCCAGCUGGGCGGAAUCGAAUGAACCAGAAAAUAAACCAGAAAGCAGCUAAGCCAACGGAAUGGAAAAAAUGUUAGACCACGCCGUUUGUCGAGCGUUGACGAUUUGACGCUGCGCUGUGUCUGGAAGGAAACACUGCCCGCUUUUCCGGCUCUCGAGGCGCCUCCACGAGGAGUGAGGUGCAACCGCAGAGAAGGUCAGCAAAGAAAGAGCCCAAGGGGUUCCAAGUCACACAACCGAACUAAGCUAAGACGCACAAAAUGAGACACAACCGACUGAAGGUCCUGAUCCUGGGACUCGUCCUCCUGCUGACAUCCUGUCGAGCGGAUGGACCGCUGCACAGUGCCGAUCACGGCAUGGGCGGAAUGGGCAUGGGUGGUCACGGCCUGGACGCGAGUCCCGCACCCGGCUACGGAGUGCCAGCCAUACCCAAGGAUCCCAAUCUGCGAUGCGAGGAGAUCACCAUACCAAUGUGUCGGGGCAUUGGCUACAACAUGACAUCCUUCCCCAACGAAAUGAACCACGAGACCCAGGACGAAGCGGGCCUGGAGGUGCACCAGUUCUGGCCCCUGGUGGAGAUCAAGUGCUCGCCGGACCUCAAAUUCUUCCUGUGCAGCAUGUACACGCCCAUCUGCCUGGAGGAUUACCACAAGCCGCUGCCCGUUUGCCGGAGUGUCUGCGAGAGAGCCCGCUCGGGAUGCGCACCCAUCAUGCAGCAGUACAGCUUCGAGUGGCCGGAGAGGAUGGCGUGCGAGCACCUGCCCCUUCACGGUGACCCCGACAAUCUGUGCAUGGAACAGCCCUCGUACACGGAGGCGGGCAGCGGUGGCAGCUCGGGCGGAUCGGGUGGCUCUGGCAGCGGUUCCGGCUCCGGCGGCAAGCGGAAGCAAGGAGGCAGUGGCUCGGGCGGCAGUGGGGCCGGCGGCAGCAGCGGUUCCACCUCAACGAAGCCGUGCCGCGGACGCAAUUCAAAAAACUGCCAAAAUCCCCAAGGAGAAAAGGCAAGCGGAAAAGAGUGCAGCUGCUCGUGCCGCUCCCCACUCAUCUUCCUGGGGAAGGAGCAGCUGCUGCAGCAGCAGUCGCAGAUGCCCAUGAUGCACCAUCCACACCACUGGUACAUGAACCUCACUGUCCAAAGGAUCGCCGGCGUUCCAAACUGCGGCAUUCCGUGCAAGGGGCCCUUCUUCAGCAACGACGAAAAGGAUUUCGCCGGCCUCUGGAUCGCCCUGUGGUCGGGACUGUGCUUCUGCAGCACGCUCAUGACCCUAACCACAUUCAUCAUCGACACCGAAAGGUUUAAGUACCCGGAGCGGCCGAUUGUCUUCCUAUCCGCCUGCUACUUCAUGGUGGCCGUGGGCUACCUAUCGCGCAACUUCCUUCAGAACGAGGAGAUCGCCUGCGACGGCCUGCUGCUCCGGGAAAGCUCCACGGGUCCGCACUCUUGCACCCUGGUCUUCCUGCUCACCUACUUCUUUGGCAUGGCCUCGUCCAUCUGGUGGGUGAUCCUCAGCUUCACCUGGUUCCUGGCCGCUGGUCUGAAGUGGGGCAACGAGGCCAUCACCAAGCACUCGCAGUACUUCCACCUGGCCGCCUGGCUGAUUCCCACAGUCCAGUCAGUGGCCGUACUCCUGCUCUCGGCGGUGGAUGGCGAUCCGAUUCUGGGCAUCUGCUAUGUGGGCAACCUGAACCCGGAUCAUCUAAAGACCUUUGUUCUGGCUCCGCUCUUCGUUUACCUGGUAAUCGGCACCACCUUCCUGAUGGCCGGCUUUGUGUCCCUCUUCCGCAUCCGGUCUGUUAUCAAGCAACAGGGCGGUGUGGGAGCUGGUGUCAAGGCGGACAAGCUGGAGAAACUGAUGAUCAGGAUUGGCAUCUUCUCGGUGCUCUACACGGUGCCGGCCACCAUAGUUAUCGGAUGCUACCUGUACGAAGCAGCCUACUUCGAGGACUGGAUCAAGGCUCUGGCCUGCCCAUGCGCCCAGGUGAAGGGUCCCGGCAAGAAGCCCCUCUACUCGGUCCUGAUGCUCAAGUACUUCAUGGCCCUGGCCGUGGGCAUCACCUCGGGCGUGUGGAUCUGGUCCGGCAAGACGCUGGAGAGCUGGCGACGCUUCUGGCGGAGACUCCUAGGAGCGCCGGACCGCACAGGCGCCAACCAGGCGCUGAUCAAGCAGCGGCCUCCGAUCCCGCAUCCCUAUGCCGGAUCCGGAAUGGGCAUGCCCGUGGGCUCGGCGGCGGGCUCCCUGCUGGCCACGCCAUACACCCAGGCGGGCGGAGCCUCGGUGGCCUCCACCAGCCACCACCACCUGCACCACCACGUUCUCAAGCAGCCGGCCGCCAGCCACGUAUGACAUGGAGAGUCGGGGGGAGCAUCGA